AUGCCGAGAGUGGAGAAAACUCGAUGGAGUGUUGGCCCGGGGUCUCCAAAGACUCAGAUUUACGAUCUCCGUCCUUUCGUCUCCAUUGAUCUUGUUUUAUUCCUCAAUAUGUUUGUUUAUUACCACCUGGGGUUCUCCGGAGGAGAGAGGCGAUUGGCGGACGGGAUCCCGUCCCCUGGCCUCUCGUUGGCUGGCGAGCGAGGGAGGGGAGUUCCUCCUCAUUCCCGACGGGGUCUAUUGAGCAGACUCACUCCGGUGGGGGAGGACUUCCUUUAUACUUCCACGACCUCACUCCUCGGUAACAGCGAUGGAAAGGAGCUUUUGUCCGGGAUCCAGCUAUCUGGCGGGAAUCCACUGGGCUUCCGGGCUCUGGAGGGAUUCCCCUGCACCUUUCCCUCUCAUCUCUUACCCCAGCUUCACCCCGCUUUCACGGUGCCCACCUCCACCCCCAGCGUCCCUUUCACCUUUUCCGCCUUCUCGCCCUCUGCAUUCGCACCCCCCCUUUCCUCGUUGGCUCGAGGCCUCCCACCUCCACCCUUCGGGAGAUCCUGCUUCAAACCCAGUCAGACCCAUUCCCCUCAGGGCUUCAAGGAAGAGCUGUCCUCUCCUCGAUCGGAUCCUUCGCCGGAUGUCGCCAAGGACCUCACGCCCAAAUCCCGGUCUCCUCGAAGCGGAGCGGGUGGAAUGCUGGACUGUCCCGCAUGCGGGGAGAUGGUGUCAACAGCGGAUCUGCCGACUCACUUGGCCCACGAGCUGGAGAGACUCAUGGACACGCCGUUCAGCCGGAAAAGCCCCUCGAGGCACUUCGACGACGAUUCCCGCUGGGAGACGUAUCACCGAGUGCGGUCGAACCGUCAACAGAGGCUGCGUUUGAAAAAUCGGCGAGGGCGGUCCAACGAAGAUUUCCCACUGCCCAAUGGAUCCCUUAUCCACAAGGUGGAAGAAGGACAAGAAACAAUGAAAGACGAUCCCUAUAUCACCAGGCAUGGAUUCCUAAGAUCUACCAAAGGAGAGGAAGAUGAAGGAGAUGUGGUUGUGGACGGGGACGACACUUCCAUUUUCGGACCUCCGCAAUAUUCCGAUGCAGAUGUCAUCCGAGCCCAAGAACUUCACAGAGAAGGGGAAGAAGGCGGGGGAGGGAUUUCAGAGAAGGAGCAAACCAGGUCUUCGACCGAAAGCCCCACCGAUGGGUUCAACUCUCAGCAGCUGGACAAGUGCUUCAUCUGCAAGAAUCCGUACUUGAAGCCCUUGGUCUCCAUUUCCUGCUGGCACGUGCACUGCGAAACCUGCUGGCUUCGCUCUCUCGGUUCGGAGAAAUUAUGUCCCCAGUGCAAGAACAUCACGAGACCCACGGAAUUACGCCGGAUCUAUUUGUAGGGGGACCUCCGUUCAUCCAGUCAUCGAUUUUAAUGAUAAUCGUUAAUCUCUCCAUAAUCCCUCAUUUGAUUUCGUUCAUCAGACUGUGAUUCCCUUCUGAUUUCACGGUCCAAUUUACCCCUUCGACAGAUAUGUGAUUGCUUAGUCGGAGCAUUAUUAAAAACGAAGAUAGUCUUCCCCGUGUAUAGCCGAGGAUGGUAUGAAGAUAUAAUAAUAAAAAAUUUCUAUCCCGA